CCGCUAAACUGUAGCCGCCCUCCAGUCCUAACCCUCAGUGUGUUAGAGGAGUUUUUGUAAAGUCAUCAGUGCAUCGUCUCAUCACUGACAGACCAGUGCCAGUUUCUUCUGCCACCUCUUUACAGAUACUUAAGAUGGAGGAUUCAUCAGAACACUCCCACUGGGAGAGCCCAUCACUGCUCACCUCAGACCCUCUGUCCAGUUUCUCCUCAGAGGGGGGUCUAUUGCCCCCUGGAGAUGAGAGCGAGUCCUUCUUCUCUGCCUCUGACUCAGAUUACAUCCUGCCCUCCUUCUUCAACAGCACCAGCAGACCUUCAUACAGACACAACUCAGUGCGGCAGGUGUUCAGCUCUCCUGGUCUCUUCACCAACUUGCAGCUGUUAGAUGGUCCAAGCAGUCAUUCCCUGAGCUCGGCCUACCCUCCCUCUUCCAGCUGGAGCAGCAAUACUCUGUCUAAAGCACAGCCCAGUGUGUCUCUAUACAGCCCGGGCCUCCCCUCAUCCUACUGCACAUCCCCAGGCAGGGAGGCCUGUGAAAGUCCCCGGCUGCAGGAUGCAUUGAAGGCUGAGCGCUCCAGCCCUCUGGGGGGGUCUGUGGUCACCAGCAGUUUUAUGAACCUGACCCCCGCAGCGGGGAGUGUGUACACUCCAGCCUCCCAUCACAUGCUAAAUGCUUACAGCUCAUACAUGACCCCCCCUCAAGAGUUCAACUCCACAGGCCUGUACAACAGCCCCACCUGGAUCAAUCCCUCCUACUCCCCCAAACUACGCAGCAAGCUCCGGGUGUCUACACCAGAGGCCAGAGAAUGUGUGAACUGUGGGGCCACAGCCACCCCUCUAUGGCGACGUGAUGGGACAGGCCACUACCUGUGUAACGCCUGUGGAUUGUACCACAAGAUGAAUGGCCAGAACCGACCUCUGAUCCGGCCAAAGAAAAGACUGAUUGUGAGCAAGCGAGCAGGGACUAUUUGUGCCAACUGCCACACCAGCACCACCACACUGUGGAGGCGGAACUCUAAUGGUGAACCUGUGUGCAACGCCUGUGGCCUCUACUUUAAACUGCACAAUGUUAACCGCCCCUUGACCAUGAAGAAAGAUGGCAUUCAAACACGCAAUAGAAAGGUGUCUAGCAAGAACAAGAAGAGUAAGAAGACAGCCAUGAUGGAGCCAUACUCAGAGAUGCCCCAUAUGUCUCAUCUGGAGGAGAGUGGGCCCUUCUCUCUAGCACCUGGGACUCUGCUAACAUACAGUCACUCACCACACCUCAUCUCAGGCCCAGCCGCCCUGCACCCGCCCGGAGCCCUGCCAUAUACUCACCACCUCAGCUCAGGCAUGGUGCCCACACUAGUGUAGCCCACACUGGUGUUGCCCUCAGUGUGGCACUUUAGUCUGCUGCAAGAGCAAGCUAUAACAGGGAACUCUUUUGGAACAUCAGGGGAGAAAAUGUUUGGCUUUUCUAUCUGAGGACAUCUGAGCAAUUGUUUUUGUUUUUUUCUUGUAUGGUUUGCAUGUAUUUUGCUCUUAUAUUUGUAACUAUAGAUGCCCAAUAAAAUGUCUGAAUGUAUUUCCAGUCCUUGCUGUAUUAGUGUGUUAUAACUCAAUUCAGGUGAUAUGCCUACUGACAUGGUGGGACAUUAAUGAUCUCAUCCCAGAUCUUGUCACAUAGAGGGAGACUCCUCAACCCGAGCAUGUUGAACAAUAUUGUUCAAUCUCCUCAUCAUGAGUAAAUUAAACAAUCUGCUUUUGCUUUCUGUA